GGGGCACGAGAGUUAGACCUCAUUGCUUUGCUGAAGAGACAUUUUAAGGAAGACAGGAAUACUGAAUGCAGAAGAAGAUGGAGCUUUGUUUUUGCUUUUAUUUAUCUUUUGCUGUUCUUUUACUUCAGUUUUCCUGCAGUGAAUCCAUACAAGAGGCGAAGUCAGGCUCAGCGGACAUUAUUAUUGGGGGAUUAUUCCCAAUUCAUGAAAGCGUAAAUGCUAUGGGACAAUGUAACAGGUUCAGUGUUGGCCGGCUGGCUCAGUCUCUGAUGAUGGUGCAUGCAAUAGAGCAGAUAAACCAGAAGAAGGAGUUAGGGGAUAUCAAACUGGGAUAUCACAUAUUGGACUCCUGCGCUGAUGUCACCACAGCUUUAAAAAACUCUCUUCACUUCAUGCAGCUUAACAAAAGUUCAAACACAGAUGAGAAACAACAGUUAAGCCCACCAGUGAAGGCCGUCAUAGGUGAUUACUACUCAGAGAUUUCUAUAGCAGUCACACGGCAACUGAACUUGGAGGAAAUCCCCCAGAUAAGCUACGGUUCGACAUCUGGUUUCUUAAGUGAUAAAACUCGCUUCCCAAGUUUUCUGAGGACCGUACCACAGGACGAUCACCAAGCUCAUGCCAUCAUUGAAAUUCUGAUGGAACACAACUGGAACUGGGUUGGAAUUGUAGCAACCGACAGCGAAUAUGGUCGCUACGCAGUCGAACGUCUCCAACAUCACGCAGCCAGUCAUGACAUCUGCUUUGCAUACAUUCAUUUUUUACCAGAGUUUCUUGUGGACAAAGACCUCAAAGAAAGCAUCGGUGAAACAGUCAAAAGCAUUGUUGAAAACAAAAAUGUCUCAGUCAUCGUGUCAUUCGCAAAACCCGACCACAUGAUGUAUAUUUUCAACAAUGUUCUCAGGCAUCAAAGAGGUAAAAAGAAAAUCUGGAUAGCCAGUGAUAACUGGUCCCAGUCAGUUAGCUGUCUAAAUACAACAAGAUGGAGUUUGAGAGAUGUUGGAACCGUCUUUGGGAUGACCCUGAAAUCUGGAAACACAUCCAGGUUUGAAAGGUUUCUCAGGAAUAUUGACAAAAACCCGGAUAUGUACCAGAACAAUUCAUUUUUGACUGCAUAUUUAAGUAUGACUGAUGACCAUGUCAGUGGCUCAAAUAUGUCUAGACAAAUACAACGGCUAAUCCACAUGACAUAUCCAUAUGCUGUGUUCAGUAUUGAGCUGGCAGUCAAUGCAAUCGCUCAGGCUGUUAAAAACCUCUGCAACAACAACAGGACCUGUGCAUCCCAACUGAAACCCAGACAGUUAAGAGACGCUUUGGGAAGUACAGAGUUCUCCAUAGAUGGCAAAAAAUAUUCAUUCAAUAAAGACUGCGAUGUUGACUCGGGGUAUGAUAUUAUCCUGUGGAGGUACACCUCACCAAGAACUGUGGAUAUGAACUACAAAGUUGCCCAUUAUGACAUACAACAGGAGAAACUGAUGUUUGACCCGAACAUCGAAAGUUUGUUUCAUCAGACUAAAGGUGUAAGCUCAGUGUGUUCAAGAUGCAAUCCAGGCGAGUGGAAGAUCAGACAGCAAGGCCAACCAGUUUGUUGCUUUGAAUGUAAAAAGUGCCCUGAAAACCACUAUUCAAAUGUUACAGAUGCUUUACUUUGCUUGCAAUGUGAUAACACCACCCACUACUCAGAAGAGGGUAGUCAAAGCUGUACAGUGAAAGAAACUGUCUUCCUAGAGUGGAAAGAUAUAUACCAUAUUGUGCUUCUGGCUUCUGCUGCACUCGGAGUUGUGCUCACCCUUGUGGUUGGCAUCAUUUUCCUAGCCUCCUGGAAUACACCAGUUGUUCGCUCAUCUGUUGGCCCCAUUGCCCUCCUCCUCCUCUUUUCAAUUCUGCUGACAUUUGGAAGUGUGGUAAUAUUUGGUGGCAAACCCAAUGACUGGCAGUGCAAAACUCGACAGGUGUUGUUUGGUUUAAGUUUUACUUUGUCCGUCUCCUGCAUCUUGGUCAAGUCAUUUAAAAUCAUCUUGGCCUUUGAGUUUGACCCAGUAAUACAAGACAGACUGGAUAAGCUCUACAAGCCUUACCUCAUUAUUCCAUUUUGCAUGUUAGGUCAGGUGGUGAUCUGCACAGUUUGGCUGGUCUAUAUGCCCCCAAUACCAAUGAAGGCUUAUAAUAUUCCAAACACAGUUGUCUUGAAAUGUAAUGAGAGGUUAUUUCCAGCGUUCGGGGCCAUGUUGGCUUACAUUGGCCUUUUAGCAAUCAUCUGCUUUAUUAUUGCUUUUAAAGGGAGAAAGUUGCCUCAGAGUUACAAUGAAGCUAAAUUCAUCACCUUUUCCAUGCUGAUUUAUCUUAUUGCCUGGAUCAUCUUUGGUCCAGUUUAUAAGAAUAUCACAGGCAGGUACCAUUCUGCUAUUGAAAUGACAGUCAUCCUCAUCUCAGCCUACGGCAUCUUAUUCUGCCUGUUCUUAACAAAAUGCUACAUCAUCCUAUGCAGACGGAGUGAAAAUACAACAAAGUCGUUUCGUGCGGAUGUUACGAAAUUUGCCAUGGGAAAAGAUUCAAUUCUGGACAAAAAAUGGCCAAAAGAUUCCAGUGGAAUCUUUAAUGAAGGCCUAUCAUUGGAGUCGCUGCCAAGCCCAGAACCAUUGAAUCCUGUGGAAGAUCGGCGAGAGUCGAUAAACUCCAUUAUGAAACCAUCCUACGAUGAUCCCCUCCAAGAUUCUCAGCCAUCCUUGCUAGAUUAUAACCCUUAGUGAUAUAAAAGCUUUUCAGCUUGGGCAUAGAAAUGAUAUGGAAAAUUGUACAACUAAAGCAAAUUGUGUUGGACAUUUAUUUGAGAAUUACGUGAUAACCAUGUUUGCUAAAUUUUCAUGAUCAAAUAUUGGACAAAAUAUGUUCCUUGUCAAUGACUGAUGACACAUAAUCUCAAUGAAUACUUUAUUCACCUUAAUUUCUAAGAGAAUGUAAAGUGACUUCCUCAACUGUUAACUAAAGUAGAAUCUUUGAUGAUGAAAAUCGCUUUGUACAGCGCAUUGUAGGUGAGAGCAUUUAACAUGUAAGUGUUGAGCAAUCUAGUAUCAAAAACAUUCAAUUUUCUCCACAAUGACAUGAACAAUGUGGCCAAUAAAUCUAUUUGAAUAUAUUGCUAUGUUAUAUUUUUAAGGAAUUGUGAAAAGUUUACAAGGCACAUUAAUGUUUCAUUGAGAGAUAAUCUUCCAUAAUUAACCCUUUACAAUACACUAUAGACCUCAAAAAUGAUCACUGAUUAUAUCUUACUGUUACUCUGAUAAACAGCUGCUGUAGCUUUACCAAAGGCUUAAUGUAUGUAUAAUUAUUUAAAGAAAGAAAUCUGUUAAAGACAUCUGUUGAAGAAAAGAUUGUGAUUAUCUUUUAAGUAAAAAUAUAAAAAAGGGUGGCAGCAAAAUACACUUUGAACUAAUUUUCUGUUUUUCUUUUUAUUUAUUUUUUUAUUUCCUGUUUGGAAUCAGUGAGGAUUACAAAUUAUAUUUAUUUGGUAAAAAUUGUCUUAAUACCUCCCACGAGUUUGGAAGUUUAGCUUUUUAUUUUCUUGUUUACAUUGCAUGAAAUACUGUACGAAGUUUCAUAUACUUUAAACACUGCAAUUAUCCUUUACAAGUUUUGUUUCUUUUAUCAAUUUAGCCUAUUCAUACUGUCAGACCUGCUGCAGCUAAUGCUGCCUUGUGGUAUGGUAACGUUGAUUUGUUCCAUCACAUUGCAUUCAAGAGCUUUUGUCAUGAUGGUAGAAAAAUCUGUCCUGUCCUGCUACUUGGGCAAGACAGUAAUGGACUUCCUAAUUUAUCAAAUGUAUCGACUGACCUCUAGCAAUCAUCUGAUAACAUUAAAUGAUAACAGUGAUUUUUUUUAAAUGUACGUCAUAGCAUUGUGUAAGCAACAAACACAACUGGAGAGGAUGUUUAACUAUGCAGUAUUCACCAUAAAGAAUAGUUUUGCUGCUCAGCAAAACUCAGCAACUCUGGUAUCAUAAAAUGUUUCCAACUUGCCAUUGGAAGUUACGACAUGAGUGGACAUAUCGGUUUUUGGUAUUUGCCAUAAUUACGACCCCAGAUGAAGGCAGCAUAAGUCAGCUUCUUAGGCCACACACCUUUUUUGGUUUCAAUUCAUGUAAAACACUUUGAAUUGUCUUUAAAAUGAACUCUGCUAUACAAAUAAAAUUGUUGUGCCU